CCACCAAGUUCAGAGUGUGAAAUCAUGAUGAGGUGACAAUCUCGCACAAGGCGGGGUGUACUGUUACCGAUGCAUCGCAUAGGCUUGUGGGUAUCACAGGGUGCAGUUUCCUGCGUAAAGGGGGUGUUUGAAAGACAGCGAGAAGUUCCGGCUGAAGCACACACUGCAUACCGUUGCAAGCUCGUUGACGCGGGACUAGCGGCUGUGUUGUCGUCGGUCCAGGGUUUUGCAUUGCACAGGCUCAUGAGUCCGGAUCGGCAGCGCGAUCCAGCCAGCUCUUCCGAAGGGAAGAUCUGUUUAUAAUCGGAGUGGAUCUUGUUGAAGCGAGCAGCAGCAGCAGCCCUCUCUCCCCACCACGCUUAAUGAGUCUUGACGAGCACUCGUUGCAGACUCUGUCCUGGAGGAAGCUCUAUUUGAGCAGAGCCAAGCUCAAAGCUUCAAGCAGGACGUCAGCUCUUCUCUCGGGUUUCGCAAUGGUGGCUAUGGUAGAAGUUCAACUUGAACCGACCCAUGACUACCCCCCUGGCCUGCUGAUCGCCUUCAGUGCUUGCACCACAGUGCUGGUCGCAGUACACCUCUUCGCUCUCAUGAUCAGCACCUGCAUUCUUCCAAACAUCGAAGCCGUCAGCAACGUGCACAACCUGAACUCUGUGAAGGAGUCUCCCCACGAGCGCAUGCACAUGCAUAUCGAGCUGGCAUGGGCCUUCUCCACCGUCAUCGGAACCUUACUGUUCCUAGCUGAAGUGGUUCUGCUGUGCUGGGUCAAGUUUCUCCCAGUUAAGAAGCACCCAGUCGACCUCUCUUCCAACAGCACCAGUAGUAAAAUCACCCCCGGGGAAGCAGCCGCUAUUGCCUCCACUACCAUCAUGGUGCCGUUUGGAUUAGUUUUUAUUGUGUUCGCAGUGCAUUUUUACAGAUCACUUGUCAGUCACAAAACAGACAGGCAGUUCCAGGAACUGGAGGAACUUUCAAAUUUCGCAAGACUCCAGAAUCAGCUUGACCACAGAGGUCAAACAGAGGAUGUGCCAAUGCAGUCUCCCAGCAGUCAUUAUCCAUAAAAAAAAACCCACAUAAAUGCUGUAAUUGUUUAUGAGCCAUUGUGAAGACUUUCAUCUAAUAAGAAUUGUUCUUCAUGCAUGGACAGGCUCUUCUGUUUAUAUAAAAUAAAUGAAUACAAUUUUAUUUGAUAGAAUAAAAGAAAACGUUUACUGUAUUUUUUUUUUUGUUUGCGGCUGUUUUCAGUUGAUUUUGAAUUAUUGUGUUUUGUAUCUUUUGAAAUCAUCAAGAACAAAAACAAUCGUGAUUACUGCAUGCAUUUUCAUAACGUUUGGAUUGUUUGAAUCUGUACAAUAUUGUUUUCAGAGCUUUUUACUCCAGUAUGGAAUAUGUUAUGUUGAGCAUUCGGCUGAGGUUUAUUUGGUGUUUAAAACAUGAUGUUCAUUUAAACAUGUGCCUGUGAAAGUGGACUGGGUGUCUGUCCAGGUUUUAAUCUCACUUUUCUUACAAAACAGAAAUGUUGACAAUUGUAAUACAUUUUGGGUAGUCUUAAAUGUUUUCUAACCAAAAAAAAAGUGUAAAGUAUGAGUGUGAUGUAACUUGCAACUGCAUCAUUAAAUUAUUGAUAACUUGCCAAAAGGAAA